AUGGAUCAGCCAUCCAAAGAACGCGAGGCAAUGGAUGUUGUCAAUGAAGACAUAGACACCAGUUUUGAGUCUAUAGAUGGGGCGCUAAUAUACCAGGAAGAUGAUUGCGACGGAAAAGUCUUGUCAUCAUCAUCAGCCUCGCUAUCUCAACGCAAGCUUGGAAUCGCCAUUGCUUCAUAUUCCACACUCAUAAAGGCACUUUUCGAAGAUCUCGAAAGUUUAAAUUACGAAAGAAUUUCUUUGGCUGUCUCUCAUAUGCCUUUGCUUUGUUCCACCAUCGGCCCUGAGCUGACCCGCUCCAAACUGCUUCCGUAUAUUUCAUACAUUUUGGACUCGAUUGACGAGCAGGAGAUGAUCCUUGGUUCAUUGGCACAUGUUUUAAACUUGGAACGUCCAAAUUCAAUUACCAUUGAGCAUAUUGGAGGUCUCUCUUUCGUAGAGCCUUCAAUAGUUCCCCUGCUUGGGGAUCUCAUUUUCCACUCCGAUUCUUGCUCGCUUAUUACGGAAAUGGUUCCUCCCCCAGCAUCUCUCAUUGUUAGGUGA